AUGAACCAUUUUAUCACUGUUAUGCUUAUGAUUAGAGCUGAUGGAGAAAAAAAAAUGCCUGCUUUGCUCAUUUUUCAAGAGAAAAAUGGCCAGAUCCCGAACCUUGUAAGAGAAAGACUGAAUAUUCCAGAAAAUGUCAUCAUAAAAUCAAAUAAAUCUGGCUACAUUUCUGACCAGAUUCUUAAUGACUACCUCAGAACAAUAUUGAGACGAGAAAACCAACUGCUGAUUUAUGAUCAGGCUGGAAGUCAUAAAACUAUCAUGAUUUCUAAUGCAAUUUCAGAUUUAGAUGCAACCAAAAUUGUGAUCCCUGGAGGGUGCACAAAGUAUUUGCAACCACUUGACGCACUGGUAAUUGCAAAUUUCAAAUCAAAAACAACAGAUUUCAGAAUCAAAUUCCAAACAGAGCAGAUUGAAAGAAGAUCGAAAAGAACUGGAAACCUCAAAGCUCUUGAUCGCCAGCAACUGAUAAACAUUGCUUCAAAGGCGUGAGAUGCUGUAAGCCCUCAACUUGUCAGAAAAUCAUUUGAGUUGACGGGUUCUUAUGGCGUUAAUCAUCCAAAGAUUUUCAGCCAUCAAGUUAAUAUGAAGAAGUUAAUUAUCUAA